AGACAGAGCAGGCAGCAAGGGAGCAACUUUUCUUAAAAAUCAACAUUUUAUAAAUUGGUCUUCUUUUCUACAUCAAGUAACAGGGAGGGUGGUAGUAACUCAGAUGACUCCAGGACUCAGUGACUAUUUUCUAUUCUUCCAACAUUUUAUCAGCAUUUCAACUCAUUCUCCCUCCAUUGUUUCAAAAUAAAAUUGAAAUUACAAACAUAGGGGACUAAAUGGUAUGGUCAAGAACGUAAGACCUAUGGGACUUCAUCUGCUUGAUGCAUGCAUUUCCUGAGGUGAGGUUGCUUUUAGCCUUUGGAAUACUGAAACAUGAAGACUUGUAUUUUAUGCCACUUAGACCUUCCUGUAAUGUUGUAGUUUGGCCGCCAUCCAGAAGAGGGCGCCGCUGGCCAUCCUUUAGCGGAGCCGUUGACAUAGAAGCAAAGAUGGCGGCCAUAUGAGACCGAUAAAGAGAAGAAACGGUCUGAAAAGAGUCCGUUGUGGGAUGCAAAGUGCACUUUAAUCGGUUCUGUUUCGAGUUGUGAACAUUCGACACGCUGCUAAGUUUCACGUUCAUUCAGCCGAGCUGCUUAACAGAGCAGAGUCGGGUUGAAAGUUUUAAAAUUCUUUCAAGAGCAACCACAAACGGUACUUCUGGAUGAACAUCUUGCUCGCCCCAUCAGGAGAGGAAGGGAACAGGUUUUUCUAAUGGUUUGGAUUAUUUGGUUAUAUUUGGUUGUUUAUAGGUAUGAAAGGUAGUUGUCAGGUAGCUGCCAGCUUAGCCAAGCCUAAUCUGAUCGUCACCCAGGAUGAAGAGAUUAUUUCAGUAAAGGCUGAAAGCACUUUCAAAAUGCACAAGAUCAAGUUCAAGCUGAAUGAAGAGUUUGAUGAGAAGACACCAGACGGUCGUAAGGUAAAGUCCAAGUUCUUCCUGAGGGAUGGCAAACUUAUCCAGGAACAGCGCUGGGAUGGAAAGAUUACAACGAUGGAGAGAGAGAUUAAAAAUGGAAAGCUUGAAGUUGGAAAAAUGCAUUCUGGGUAAAGAUGUUGCAACAAGGAUCUAUGAAAAGGAAGCAUAACCUCCCCAUUACCAAACAAAUGCAAUGUGUUUUUUAAGCUCCGAAUAAAACCUGCAUGUGAUGCUA